AUCUCCUUCCCCUCCGAGUCCUGAAACUGCCGUUGCCUCUCUCCAGCCCUCUCCGCUCAUGGCGUCCAUGGCGUUCUCACUAGCGGGAGCCUUCAAGGGCCUCUCCCUCGCGUCCCCCUCGUCCUCCAUGCGCCCCUCCUUCCUCGGCGGAGACCGCGCCGCGCUCUCCGUCGGCGGCGCCGCGGUGGGUGUGCCGGUGCCGGCGCGGCGUCUGACGAUCCAAAUGGCGCACAAGAAGGGAGCUGGAAGCACAAAGAACGGCCGUGACUCCAAGGGGCAGCGGCUGGGAGUCAAGAUAUACGGUGACCAGGUCGCCAAGCCCGGCGCCAUCAUCAUCCGCCAGCGCGGCACCAGGGUCUAUCCUGGAAAUAAUGUUGGAAUGGGCAAGGAUCAUACACUCUUUUCUUUGAUCGAUGGUCUAGUCAAGUUUGAGAAAUAUGGACCAGACAAGAAAAAGGUAAGUGUUUACCCAUAUGAGAAACAGCCUGAAAACCCAAACAGUUACAGAGCAAGAAAGAGAGAGUACUUCCGCAUGCAGCGUGAACGCAAGAAGGCAAGAGCAGAGGGAUACGUUGAGCCUCAACUGGUAUUAGCUGUUGUAGAUGAAAACUCUGAGGUCAGCGCAGACUGCUGAUAAGAUUCCUGUGUAGUAUUUCUCUUUUUCAUAAUCCAUGUUUGAUAUUUUUUCCCUGAAUUGUAAGACUACAUGAUCCAUACAAGGUCAUAUUACACGAUGUUGUUUAGAUAUGUUCUAUCAGCUGCACCUUUUCUGGCA